AUGAAGGUGGGGCUGAGCCUGCUACUACUGUUCUUCCUGGCACAGGUAUGCCCAGUGCCUGGCUUGACCCCUAGCACACCAGUGCCAGAGGCUGAGGCAGGGACGCUGGAGCCUCUGAGGACCUUCGUUCCCCAGCCUGGCGAGGAGGAGGAGGAGGAAGAGCCUUGGUCGGUGGCCAAUGAGCAGGAACUCUCACAGCAGAUUUCCAACUUUGCCUUCCGUUUGCUGCGCAAGAUCUCCACGAGACACGAAGGCAACGUGGUCUUCUCCCCGCUCAGCCUGUCCUUCGCCAUGGCGACCCUCAUGCUGGGGGCUGCGGGGCCCACUCGCACCCAGAUCCUGAGCGGCUUGGGCCUGCAGGCCCUGAAUGGGACCCUGCCAGCCCUCUUCAGGGGACUCAGAGAGACCCUGUCCCUCAAUCAGGAGCUGGGCCUUACCCACGGCAACCUGGCCUUCAUCCACAAGGAUUUUGACGUCAAAGAGACCUUCCUCAAUUUAUCCAAGAGGUAUUUCAAAACAGAGUGUGUGCCUGUGGAUUUCUUCAAUACAUCACAGGCCACUGGGCUUGUAAAUCAGUAUAUUAAGAAAGAGACGCAGGGAAGGAUCCCCCAGCUCCUUGACAAGAUUGAUCCGGAAACCAAAUUAAUUCUGAUGGAUUACAUCCUGUUCAAAGGAAAAUGGCUGACUCCAUUUAACCCUGUGUUCACGGAAGUGGACACCUUCCACCUGGACAAGUACAGGGCAGUUAAGGUGCCCAUGAUGUACAAGUCAGGCAAGUUCGCCUCCACCUUUGACAAGAAUUUCCGCUGUCACGUCCUCAAACUGCCCUAUGAAGGAAACGCCACCAUGCUGGUGAUCCUCAUGCAGAAGAUGGGUGACCACCUGGCAUUUGAAGACUUCCUGACCACAGACCUGGUGGAGGGGUGGCUUCGGAACAUGAAGACCAGCAAAAUGGAAGUUUUCUUUCCCAAGUUCAAGCUAGAUCAGAAGUACGAGAUGCAUGAACUGUUGAAGAAGCUGGGAAUCAGAAGGAUCUUCUCGCCGUUGGCUGAUCUGAGUGAACUCACCGUAACCACAAGAAACCUCAAAGUAUCCAGGGUUUUACAAAGAGCAAUGAUUGAGGUGGAUGAAAAGGGAACAGAGGCAGCAGCAGGCACUCUGUCAGAAAUCAUAGCUUAUUCCCUGCCUCCUAGCAUCAAAGUGGACCGUCCAUUUCACUUCAUGAUCUAUGAAGAGACCUCUAGAAUGCUUCUGUUUCUGGGCAGGGUGGCAAAUCCGGCUCUUCUGUGA